UGAACAGAGCAGAGGAGAGGAGAGGAGAAGAGGAGAGAAGAGGAGAGGAGAAGAGGAGAGGAGAGCAGAGGAGAGGAGAGGAGAAGAGGAGAGCAGAGCCCUGCCCGCAGUGAGACAGAGAGAGAGAGAGAGAGAGAGAGAGACAGAGAGAGGCGCGCGCGCGCUGUCUGGAACAGCAGUCUGCUUUAAGGUGAUUUUUUUCUUCAGGAGGGAUUUUUGCUUUUGUUUCUUUUCUGACCUGAGUUCAUUUGUUGGAUCGCGCUGAUGAACAAAUGGCAGCGGAAUCAUCGACCCGGAGAUUCACCAAGAACCUGCUGAAGCCCGGCAGCGCCGCCGAGAUCCGACAAACAGCGUCCAGUGCGGUGAGGAUCUCUGCUCUCACGCAGGAGAAGCCGAAGCUGAUCGAUCCUCUGGACUAUGAAGCUGUGAUUUCUGAACUAGAGCUAGAGCUUAAGGAGGACCCGCUACAAGACCUGCUGCUCUUCCCAGACCAUGAUUUCACUGUGUCUACCCUUCCUCAGGAGAGACGAACACAGCAAUCCACUGUGCCAGAGGGGGCAGAGGAACAGGCUGAAAGUCUGCUGGUCAGACAGGCCUGCCAGUACUACAACUCCCAGCUACACGUGGUCGAGUACACGUAUCAGGAGUAUGCAGGGGACUACCGCAUGCUGCCCAGGAAAUUGUAUAAGGCUCAGAAAUUGCCCAGCCACUCCUUUGAGAUUGAUCAUGAAGACGUAGAUAAGGAUGAGGACACAACGUCGCUGUCAUCGUCCAAAGGUGGAGGCGGAGGUGGAGGCAGUGGAGGUGGAGGGACAGGCGUCUUCAAAUCUGGCUGGCUCUAUAAAGGGAACUUCAACAGCACGGUCAACAACAGCAUCACUGUUCGGUCAUUCAAGAGAAGAUAUUUCCAGUUGACACAACUAACUGACAACUCUUACAUCAUGAACUUCUACAAAGAUGAGAAAAUCUCAAAGGAGCCUAAAGGUUGUAUAUUUCUGGACUCGUGCACAGGAGUAGUUCAGAAUAACCGAUUGAGGAAGUAUGCCUUUGAGCUGAAGAUGAACGAGGUGACAUACUUUGUGCUUGCAGCAGAGAGCGAACAGGACAUGGAGGACUGGAUUAACAUGUUAAAUCGCAUCCUCCAGAUCAGCCCACCUGAGGGUCCGGCUGUGGACCGUAAAAGCUUGGACCUGACAGAUACCAGACACGAUGUAUUUGAUCUGUCCUUGAAUAACGGUUGUCUCACGGAAAAUGAAGAAACGACAGAAAACGGAAUCAAUCCCGAAUUAGCGAAGUACAUCACUGAAACUGAAGAGAUCGUGAGAGCAGCCCGAAGAGAAGAGAGACUGAAUUUGUUCUCCCUGGACCCUGACACUCCUGUUUUGAGGAGUCCACGGGGGGAUUGCGGGGAGCCGCCGCCCAUCCGACCUUUCGAAGAGAAGCUGGGAAAGAGACUAAUGAUUUACUGCCGCUCUCUCAACCUCACACUGCAGGGCUGUGUGAAUGAGGCGGAGACGGAGCCUGUCACGAAUAUCGAGCCUUUCUUUGUAACUGUGGCACUGCUGGACAUGCGAGAGAACAGAAAGGUUUCGGCUGACUUUCACGUGGAUCUCAACCAUGAGAUUGUACGGAAAAUGCUCAGCGGCUCAGGGAGCCCUGGAUCUCAGGGUACACCUGGAGGUCAUGGUGGAGUGCAGGAGAACGGCCUGAAAUCCCCGACAGAGAAGAGAAGUGGCGACUGCCAGCUCAGUCAGGAACUAGAGAACUGGUUGUGCUUCCCUAAACAGGCUAUCUUCUCCAUCACAAACCCUCAUACGGAUAUCGUCAUGGUGGCCCGAAUAGAGAAAGUGCUUAUGGGUAAUAUUACAAGUGGGACAGAACCUUACAUUAAGAACACGGACAACAGCAAGACUGUACAAAAGAUGCUGAAAUCUAACAAGCAGUUCUGUAGCAAGCUGGGGAAAUACCGCAUGCCUUUUGCAUGGUCGGUAAGGUCAGUAUUUAAGGAUAACCAGGGCACGGUGGAUCGGGAAUCCCGGUUCUCUCCACUCUUUAAGCAGGAGAGCAACAAGAUUUCCACUGAAGAUCUGCUCAAGCUCAUCACAGAGUACAGAAGGGCAGAGAAGACCAGUAAACUCCAGACGAUUCCUGGCAGCCUAGAGAUCAGUGUGGACUGUGUCCCAAUGGAGCAUCCCAACUCCGUGACAUCAUCAUAUGUUCCUGUGAAACCGUUUGAUGACUGCAGUCUGCACGCUCCCACCGUGGAGGUCGACGAGUUCCUGCAAGAUUCAGCCAAAUUCGCUCAACCUUACAGAGUUUACAAGAACCACAUUUACGUCUACCCCAAACACCUGAAAUACGAUAGCCAGAAAAGCUUUGCGAAGGCCCGGAACAUUGCAGUUUACGUAGAGUUUCGAAACUCUGAUGAAGAGCACGCCAAACCGCUUAAGUGCAUCUACGGAAAGCCGGGAGGUCCAGUUUUCACCACAGCUGCCUGCUCUACAGUUCUUCACCACUUGCAGAACCCAGACUUUUACGACGAGGUGAAGAUUGAGCUGCCCACACAGCUUCAUGAGAAACACCAUCUCCUCUUCUCGUUUUUCCAUGUGACAUGUGAUAUCAAUGCCAAGACGAAUUCGAAGAAGAAGGAGGCUCUGGAAACUCCAGUGGGCUAUGCAUGGCUGCCACUUUUGAAGGAUGGCCGUCUGACAUCUCAGGAGUUUAAUGUGCCAGUCUCAUGCACCCUGCCCAGUGGGUACCUGCUUAUUAAAGAGCCUUCAUCCAAUAAGAACGGAUCAGAUGUGAAAUGGGUAGACGGAGGAAAGCCUAUCUUCAAGUUGUCUACACUGGUGCUGUCCACAGUAUACACUCAGGACCCCCAUCUUAACCGGUUCUUCCAGCAGUGCCAAAAACGAGAGACGGAUCUCUCACAAGCACCUACCUCAAACUUUCUCAACUGCUUAAAGGGCCUGCUUAGUAUGGAGAGGAACCACGUAAUUAUUCGUUUCCUGCCCGUCCUCUUUAACCAGCUGUUUAAGGUCCUCACCCAGAACGACUCCGAUGAGGUCACCGCUACCACCACAAGGGUCCUAGUUCACAUCCUUGCCAAGUGCCAUGAAGAAAACCUGGACCAUUGUAUGCACUCCUACAUAAAGUUUGUGUUUAAGACUGAGGCACAUGGAUUCCGGACCGUGCAUGAGGAGCUGGCAAAAGGCAUGAACUCUGACCUGAAGAGCAACGAGCAGUCGGCUGUGAAAAACAUCCUCAAGUUUUCUUGGUUCUUUCUGGAAAUCAUAGCGAAGUCCAUGGCCCAGCACCUGGUUGAUUCAGAGAAGCUAAAAGUUCCUCGGUCACAACGGUUCCCAGGCACCUUCCAGAGCCACUUGGAGACUCUGAUUAUGACAAUGUCAGAUCACAUCUUCUGGAAGAGUAAAGACCUGCCUGAGGAGACUCGCAGUGCCAGCCAGGCUAUUGCUGCCUUUGUGAAACGCUGCUUCACUGUGAUGGACAGAGGUUUUACCUUCAAACUCAUCAGUAACUACAUCAACAUGAUCACAAACAGUGACAACAAGCUGUUGUGCGAAUUCAAGUUCGAGUUCCUGAGGGAGGUGUGCAACCACGAGCACUACAUCCCUCUCAGCCUGCCCAUCCCUUCUGCACGAAUCACAGAUAAGGCCUCCCCGGAAACGCAAAGCGCUCAGGUGGAUAUGCCAGAGUACAGCCUGACCGGGGAGUUCUGCAGGAAACAUUUCCUGACAGGUCUGCUGUUGAGGGAACUCGGCUUGGCUCUCCAAGAUGAACAAGACAUUAGGCACCUGGCUCUGGCCAGCCUGAAGAACCUGAUGGCCAAGCACUCUCUGGAUUCUCGUUACGCCUUGAAGGAGAAGCAGGCCAGGAUCGCUUCUCUAUAUCUGCCCCUGUAUGGUCUAAUCCUGGAUAAUAUGCCACGCUUCUUCCUCAGAGACCUCUUCCCCAUUUACUUGACCUCCAGUGACCAGGGUUCCAAAGAUGAUGUGAGUGUAGGAGGAGGAGGGCUGCUGGGUCAGAGUGGUCACAGCACACGUCAUGGAAAUUCUGUCGAUGCCGCUUUGUCCAAGGAGGUGCUCAACUCUAUUACAGUGUUUUCGUCACUUGCUGUAUCCACGGCUAACAACACGGAUUCACGAGGCUCGCUCAUCAGCAUCGAGUCCAACCCCAGCAACAGUGACCGCAACAGCGAGAAGAUGGAUGGAUGUGAGAAGUUUGCCAGGCCGCAGUCCCUGAUUGGUUUUGGCUCACGCUUUGACAAACUGGAUCAGGCAGAGACGCGCAGUCUGCUUAUGUGUUUCCUGCAUAUUAUGAAAACCAUAUCAGAAGAGGUCAUGGUUGCAUACUGGCACCGGGCCAUUCACCAGGAGAUUUCAGACUUCUUUAACAUCUUAGAACUCUGUCUCCAGCACUUCAGGUUCUUGGGAAAGCGUCACAUCGCCAGGAAGUUAGCAGCUGCGGUUAAGCUGGCGCAGGCCACGCAGAACACUGGCACUCUGAAGGGUUCGAAUGCUUCCACCCAGUCCUCAGGGCUUCUGCCCCAAUGGAUGCUGUCAGGUCAGGAUGGGCACAGACAUGCUCGUUCACACACCAUGCCCAUUCUUCGGGGCAAGAAUGCCCUUACCAACCCCAAGCUGCUGCAGAUGAUGGAAACAGAUGGGAAUUCGGCUGACAGUGACAACUUCAACCCGACAGACAUCGAAGCCAAUCUGUCUACAGAAGUGUCCCUCACUGUACUCGACGUCUUGGGACUAUUCGUGCAGCACCACAAGAAACAGCUGCUGCAGGAUGAAGGUCAGAACUCUCUGAUGAAGAAAGUAUUUGACACCUACUUGCUCUUCUUCCAAAUCAAUCAGUCUACUACUACUCUUAGACACGUCUUUGCUGCAUUGCGCCUCUUCAUACAGAAGUUCCCCUGUGUGUUUUUCCAGGGCAAGGCCGACCUGUGUGGCUGUCUGUGCUACGAGAUUCUGAAAUGCUGUAACCAUCGCUCCAGUAGCACACAGACCGAGGCUGCUGCCCUUCUCUAUUUCCUCAUGAGGAAGAAUUUUGAGUUCACCAAGGGCAAGUGCAUCGUCCGCUCUCACCUCCAGGUCAUUAAGGCUGUAAGUCAGCUGAUUGCAGAUGCUGGUAUAGGAGGCUCACGUUUCCAGCAGUCUCUAGCCAUUAUCAACAACUUCGCCAAUGGCGAUGCACCUCUUAAAAACACGACAUUCCCAGCUGAAGUGAAGGAUUUGACAAAGCGAAUCCGUACCGUCCUGAUGGCCACGUCGCAAAUGAAGGAGCAUGAGAAGGAUCCGGAGAUGCUGGUAGACUUGCAGUACAGCCUUGCCAACUCGUAUGCCAGCACUCCUGAGCUCCGGCGCACUUGGCUAGAAAGCAUGGCCAAGAUCCACGUCCGCAAUGGAGACCUGUCUGAGGCUGCCAUGUGCUACGUCCACAUCUCUGCCCUCAUAGCAGAGUCACUGAAGAGGAGAGGUUACUGGAAGCCUGAAAAGGCACGGAUCUCAAGCGUGAGCACGGAGGAGGCCAAUGUAAUUAACUGUUGCCCUUUACUAACCCCCCAAGAAGGAGAAACCUCAUUCAGUAUGGGCUGGCCUGCCUUUAUGAACAUCUCCCCCAACGUGCAGGAGGAAGGAGCCAUGAAGGAGGACACUGGCACCCAGGAUACACCUUACACUGAGGACACACUGGUGGAGCAGCUCGAGCUGUGUGUGGAUUAUCUGUGGAAGUCUGAAAGGCACGAGCUCAUAGCGGAUAUCAAUAAGCCCGUCAUCGCCGUCUUUGAGAAGAGACGAGAUUUCAAGAGGUUGUCAGAACUGUACUACGACAUUCACCGCUCGUAUCUGAAAGUGAACGAGGUUGUGAACUCAGAGAAGCGGCUGUUUGGUCGAUACUACCGUGUGGCUUUCUAUGGACAGGGAUUCUUCGAAGAAGAGGAGAGUAAGGAGUUUAUCUACAAAGAGCCGAAGCUCACAGGCCUUUCGGAGAUUUCUCAGAGGCUCCUCAAACUCUACUCUGACAAGUUUGGAGCGGAUAACGUUAAAAUGAUCCAGGACUCCAACAAGGUGAACCCCAAAGACCUGGAUCCUAAAUUCGCCUACAUUCAGGUCACAUAUGUGGUGCCAUACUUUGAUGAGAAGGAGCAACAGGAAAAGAAGACCGAUUUCGAGAGGAAUCACAACAUCAAUCGCUUCGUCUUCGAGACACCCUUUACUCUUUCAGGCAAGAAGCAUGGCGACGUGGAGGAACAGUGCAAGAGGCGCACCAUCCUGACCACGAGCUCCAUGUUCCCGUACCUGAAGAAGCGGAUCCAGGUGGUGAAGCAGCAUAGCACAGAGAUGAACCCCAUCGAGGUGGCCAUCGAUGAGAUGAGCCGCAAAGUGUCUGAACUCAACCAGCUCUGCAAGAUGGACGAGGUGGACAUGAUCCGGCUGCAGCUCAAGCUUCAGGGCAGUGUCAGUGUGAAGGUAAACGCAGGACCAAUGGCUUACGCUCGAGCAUUUUUGGAGGAGAAAAAUGCAAAGAAAUAUCCAGACAACCAGGUCAAGUUGCUCAAAGAGAUCUUCAGGCAGUUUGCGGACGCAUGUGGUCAGGCUCUGGACGUGAAUGAGCGGCUGAUAAAGGAAGACCAGUUGGAGUACCAGGAGGAAAUGAGAGCUCACUACAGAGACAUGCUGAACGAGCUCUCGGCCAUUAUGAACGAACAGAUCCCACAUGGAAGACACUCGGUUAUAGAACGACCCAACGCCUUCUGAACUGCCCCUGAGUGUCCAGGAAGAUGAUUUUUUUUUUUACCCCAGGAACCUCGUCAGUGUUACUCUCAGUAUGAGCCUUGUGGACGCUGAGAGGAAAUGAAUGAACUGAAAAAUAGAAUCAGAAGAAAUGUUCAGAAACGUGUAAAAGGUUACAGUCCUGUGGAUGAUACAGACCAGGCAGCUGCUCUGUUUUGGUUGUGAAGGACACAGUACGACUUUUUUCCUGUACUUCCUGUACUACAACACGUACAUGCGCGCACACACAGACACACUCCUCUUAUAUACACUCAAAUUCACAUAUGCCUUCUCUCCUAGACCCUGUUCCUCUAGAAAACAGUGACCUUAAUUACCUUGAGGUGUGUUCAACUACACAAGACUUUCUUACAAUCUUAUUCGAGGGCUUUUACCGAAUCACUGAAUCACAUUGUGAACAUUUACUCGAUAGACUAUCGGCUGUUUUAGGAUUUUAAGGCUAUCAUUAUCCUCAUGUUCCAGUGUUUCCCGGAUAGUCUUGUCGAACACACCUCUAGUUUGUGUAUGAAUGUAGACAUGCCUAAAAUAGCAGCGUUGUAUCCUAACAUUCACAAAUCUCGCAACUCUCACAUUUUGGAAACAGAAAUGUACUGUUUUAUAACUUUUUAUGACUGAAAAUGUGUUAUUAUGUCAUGUACUGUUUGAAAUUUGUAUAUAAGAAUUAUUAAUAUUUAAAAUGUUUUGUUUUAUAUAUAAAUAUAUAAAAAACUAUAUAUGAUCUUUUUGUUGUUUUGAUAAAUUAAAGAAAAGUGAAAGAA